UUCAUUUUCUGUUAAAUAAUUGUCUAUAUAUAACUUAAAGUUAAUGUCACCUUUCAGUUCCAAAUUCCAAUUCCGUAAUCUUUUUGUUCCUAAAUUACCACAGAAGAAAGAAGAACUUGCAUAACUAGCUUCUUCUUCUUCUUCUUCUUCUACAUAUUAAGUUAAGUUCUUAUAUCAUUACAUGGAUCAACUAAGUACUAAAUUAUUUUCAAUUUUCCUUAUCAUACUUAAUCUUUCAAUAUCAGGGGUAUUAUCAACAACAUUCACACUCGUUAACAAAUGCAACUACACGGUAUGGCCGGGAAUUCUCUCCAACGCCGGCGUUGCACCGCUUCCAACCACCGGUUUCGUUCUUCAAUCCGGCGACUCCAAAUCAAUCACCCCACCCGCUUCCUGGGGAGGCCGUUUCUGGGGCCGUACUGUCUGUUCCCAAGACUCCACCGGAAAAUUCUCCUGUCUCACCGGCGAUUGUAACUCCGGCAAAGUCGAAUGCUCUGGCAACGGCGCAACACCACCAGCUACCUUAGCGGAAUUCACUCUCGAUGGAUCCGGUGGACUCGAUUUCUUCGACGUGAGUUUAGUUGACGGUUACAACGUUCCAAUGCUUGUGGUUCCACAAGGUGGCUCCGGUGAUAACUGUACGAAUACCGGUUGUAUUAGGGAUUUGCUCGGUGCGUGUCCUUCAGAGCUUAAGGUUACGACCGUGGAUGGGAAAGAGAGUGUGGCGUGUAAAAGUGCUUGUGAAGCGUUUGGAACGGCGCAGUAUUGUUGCAGCGGCGCGUAUGGUUCACCCAACACUUGCAAACCUUCGAGUUAUUCUGAGUUAUUUAAAAGUGCUUGCCCACGCGCGUAUAGCUACGCGUACGACGAUAAGACAAGCACGUUCACAUGUGCUUCUGCGGCUGAAUACACAAUCACUUUUUGCCCCUCCACUAACAACAGCCCAAGUAUGAACGUUGGAUGCAGAAAUGAUUGAGAUUUUGCCGCUAAACCGUUUAGUACUUAGUACUCUAUUAGUCUUACGUUACAAUUUUUUACUUCUUGAGUGACAAAUUUACUAACCGUUUUUUAAAACGUUAAAUUAACUAUUCUGUAUGUGCUUUCUAAUGUCAAAACUUGUUGUUCCACCUCAACUUUAUAAAACCAAUUAUACAAAAUCUAUCAAUUAUCAGUGCUACCAUAGAAUUAAAUAAAACAAUUGCAACUCUAUGCUUGCUUAGCUCGAAGGGCUACUAAAAGUGAUUUAUAAUGCACUGCAUCUGGUCUUCUUUGUAUGGAGCAGAUAUUGAAGAAAGGAAAGGAAAAGUGGCUUAUACUUUAUUUUUUUUGUUGAAAAGAAGUCGUUUAUACUCCAAUUGAAGUAUACCGAAUCUCAGUUGAUUCUAUCUAUGGAUUAGAAUUUUAGGUGGAUACAUUAUUAAUUAAGCACAUGUGGUUCACUCAUCUUUAGUCAAAAUUCACUUUCUGAGUUAUCACGGCUAGUGAUCUGAUUUAAUAACUUUUUUUACAUGAAUUGACGCUAAACUAGUCGUACAAUUUAAGAAUCAAGAUAACAAAAAACAUGUUCAUACUAGAAUUUAAGAGAUUUUAUUAGGUUUUUAUGUUAGGUGAGAUGCAACUCUUUCUAGACUCACUUCAAUCAAUCAUGUUAAAAUUUUCAUAUUAAUUCAAUUCAGCUGAUAUCAAGUUUUAUACAUGUUGUUGAUA